CCGGCGCGUCCCGGUUCGGCCCGGCGCGUCCCGGUUCGGCCCGGCGCGGCGCGUCCCGGUCCCGCCCGGUGCGUCCCGGUCCCGCCCGGUUCGGCCCGGAUGGUGCUGGCCGGGGGCCGAGCAGCGCCCUGAGCCCGCAGGUGUCCGCAUGGCCCCCCGCGGGAUGCGGCCCGGGACGCCCUUCCUCCUCCUCCUCCUCCUCCUCGCCGCUACCGGCUGCGGCGCAGGCGUGGUGGAGGUGGAGCGCAGCGUGACGGCGGUGCUGGGCCAGGACGUGGUGCUGCCGUGCCGGUACCGGGCGCAGGAGCAGGAGCAGGUGGUGCAGGUGACGUGGCUGAAGCGCGGCCCCGGCGGCGGCAGCGCCGAGGUGGCCGUGCUCAACCGGCAGCACGGGGAGCACGUGCAGGAGCCCUACGCCGGGCGCGUGCUGCGGCGGGCGGGCGGCGCGCUGGAGGACGGAGCCAUCGUCCUGCGCAACGCCGUGCAGGGGGACGAGGGCGACUACGAGUGUCACCUCAUCACCUUCCCCCUGGGCAGCUUCGAGGGGCGCCUCACCCUCAAGGUGCUGGUGCCGCCGCUGCCCAUCCUGAACCCGGGGCCGCCGCUGGAGGAGGGCCAGGGCCGGACGCUGGCGGCCUCGUGCACGGCGGAGGGCAGCCCCGUGCCCUCGGUGCGCUGGGAGACGGAGGUGCGGGGCACCAACGCCACGCGCCGCUCGGCGCACGCCCGCUCCGCCUCCGUCACCAGCGAGUUCUUCCUGGUGCCCGGGCGCAGCAUGAACGGCAAGAGCCUGACCUGCGUGGUGGCCCACCCCGGCCUGCGCCACGAGAAGAGGAUCACCCACCUCCUCAGCGUCGCCUACCUGUCGGACGCCUCGGUGCUGGGGCACACGGAGGAGUGGCAGGAGGGGAUGGAGGGGGCGGUGCUGACCUGCCUGGGGGACGGCAACCCCCCCCCCACCUACAACUGGACACGGCUGAACGCCCCGCUGCCCGCCGGCGUGCGGGUGAAGGGGGACACCCUCGUCUUCCAGCGGCCCCUCGCCGCCGCCGACGCCGGGGAUUACGUCUGCCGCGUCUCCAACCGCGUGGCCGCCAAGGAGGCGCGGGCCAACGUCAGCAUCAAGGGCCGGGCGGCAGACAACGAGGUGCGCAAGGUGGACCUGGUCUCGGCCUCGGUGGUGGUGGUGGGCGUCAUCGCCACCGUCCUGCUCUGCGUCCUCGUCAUCGUCGUCGUCGUCAUGACCCUCUACCACAAGCGCAAAACCAAGCGCAUCUCCGAGAAGUACGAGGAGGAGCUGACGCUCACCCGGGAGAACUCCAUCCGCCGGCUGCACUCCAGCCACAGCACCGACACGCGCACCCAGCUGGAGGAGACGCUGCAGCUGCGUGCGGAGAGCCGGCAAGGCAGCCUGCGCGGGGACAGCCUGCGCGGGGACAGCCUGCGUGGGGACAGCCUGCGCGGCACCAGCAUCUGCUCUGCCAUGAGCGAGGAGCCCGAAGGUCGCAGCUACUCGACGCUCUCGACGGUGCGGGAGAUCGAGACGCAGACGGAGGUGCCGGCGGUGCCGCUGCUGCCCGCGCUGGCGGGGAAGGAGCCGAAGGAGGAGGAGGAGGAUGGCGGCGGCGGGGGGGACGACCCCAUCAAGCAGGCCAUGACCCACUUCGUGCAGGAGAACGGGAUGCUGCAGGCCAAGCCCACCACCAACGGCAUCUACAUCAACGGCCGCGGGCACCUGGUGUGAGCCGGGCGGGGCUGGGGGGGACACCCACGGGACCCCCGUCCCCCCCCGCCGCUCCCCUGGCUCUGCCCGCCCACCCGGCUGGCUCCGGUCCCCAAGGGUC